CUAUUAGUAGUCGGAAGAAAUCGAACUCCAACUCAAAAAAUCGAAUAAACUGUCGCUGUGAGAGUUUGGUUGGCUGUGAUUGCAUGCUCCCAUGGCGGCCUCCAAGCUCGCGAUUCUCUCAAUCUUUCUUGCCCUAAUUUGCUCCCAGAUUAGCGCUGACGCUUCAGUCCCGGCGGAGGAAGACGAGCCAGUGAAGCUCCUCCGAUCGGACGGCCCUGAUUCGUCCGUUCUGAAGAUCGAGUUGGAUCAGCUCAGGGCUAAGAUCCACUCCCUAGAAUUCGAGGUCGGUGAGAAGAUUAAGGAACUAAAAGGGAAGAAUGAGCUUAUAGAAGAGAAGGAGAAAGUCAUUCAAGAGAACUCGGAUAGCAUUUCUUCGUUGCAGAGUGAAAUCGAGUCUCUCCAGAAAAAAGGGUCAUUAGAUGCUGAGCAGCUGGUUGGGAAGGCUCAUGCACGUGCCGGUGAACUAGAGAAAAAGGUUAAUGAACUUAACAAGGAAUUACAAUCGCAACGUAAGGAGAAAGAGGGCUUGGAAGCCCGGGCAAAUGAAGCUGAGAAGAAGAUCGAUGUUUUGCUUUUAAAAAUAGGGAAGAUUGAGAAGACUAAUGAUGAGCAGAAGACCAAAAUCCGUAAUACUGAGCGUGCUCUUAAAGUGGCUGAGGAGGAAAUGUUAAGGGCAAAGUUUGAAGCUACUCAAAAAGCAAAAGAGUUAAAUGAGGUGCAUGGAGCAUGGAUUCCACCAUGGCUUGCUGUACAUUUUAUGCAGUGCCAGUCCUUUCUAGAGACACACUGGAAAGUUCAUGGAAAACCGGCAGUGGAUAUUGCAAUUCAGAAGGCUCUGGAGAAAAAAGCCCAGGCUGAAAAGUGGGCUGAGCCCCAUGUGGAAACAUUAAAAACUAAAUGGGUCCCGGCAAUCAAGGAACAAUGGGUGGUGGUGAAGGAUACUGUUGAACCUCAUGUGAAAUCGUUAAGUGCAAAAACUAUUGAAGUUUAUGAGGUUUCAAAGACUACACUAGCUCCACAUGUUCUAAAAGCGCAGGAAGUUGUUGAUCCUUAUUUUCAGGAAGCAAAAAGGUUCAGCAAGCCGUAUGUUGAUCAGGUGGCCACUGUGGCAAAACCUCAUGUCGAUAAGGUUCGAGUAGUAUUGAAGCCUUAUACAAAGAAGGCAGUUAUUGCCUACGAGAAGUUUCUCAAAUCUGCAACAACAUACCAUCAGCAGGUUCAAGGGACAGUAAAAGAUUUGCUGAAGAGGCAUGAACUGACAAGACCUCUUGCUACAAAGGAGUUGGAGUGGUUUGCGGCCUCGGCUUUGUUAGCCCUGCCCAUCAUAAUUCUGUUCAGAAUUUUCUCCUCACUUUUUGGUACAAAGACUAAAAAACCCGUUCGAGGUACCAACCAUACACGACGUAAGGUUAAAAGGGGCCAUCCAGAGAAGUAAGCGCCUACUGGCGUUGUUUACAUGUCCUUUUUUCGUGAAGGUUGAAUCGUCUGCGUAAAAUUUUAGAAACUGUGAUACGCAAGUUCGAUGUUAAGAUAAGUCUAGGAGUUGGUGUGUAGAGUGGGCAGAUUUUACUCAUGUUGUUGAAAGGUGUAUUUUAGUUUCAUCUUUAUUCUUACAGUCACAGCCGAAAGGAUUGUCGUGCCUACCCUUUCUUGUUUUUUAAACUAUAACAUUUGUUCUUCCUAUUUUUAUUUCUUUUUCUUCAUAUCGCGCUUUGUUUUUUCUUUCGAACUUUGAAGCACCGUGGAGAAUCAAUAUUUUAGUGAAGAAGACCGAUUUAUGUGGUUAACAAAGCUAUUGAAUGUUAAUGAUGGUGGUUAAUUUGUG